AUGGGGCACUAUUCCACCCCCACUGACACCAAUCAUGGAGCACUAUUCCACCCCCCACUGACACCAACGAUGGGGCACUUUUCCUCCCCCCCACUGACACCAACGAUGGGGCACUAUUCCUCCACCCCCCCACUGACACCAAUGAUGGGAUACUAUUCCUCCCACUGACACCAAUGUUGGGACACUAUUCCUCCCACUGACACCAAUGAUGGGACACUAUUCCUCCCAC